AUGGAUGCUCAAAAAUGGUAUUUGAGAACUUCAAAGUUAGCUCUGUCCCUGGCAAUUAUCCGUUCAAAACCAGCAGACAAAAGCAGCAGAGAAUACACAGAGAUCCUCAUGAGGAUGAUGUCUGAAUGGCAGUCUAAGUGGAAAUCACAAGUGGAAGCCUUGGAAGCUGAAGUUUUUCAUUUACGUCAGAAACUUCUUAUGAGCAGUGUGUCUUCAGGAUCUCUUAAAAAGGGACAGGUAUCAAGAAACCUAGCUUCUCAGGAACUUAGAAGCUCUGAGAAUGCAUCAACUUUGCUGGAAGAUUCUGGGUGUGACUUAUCAAAUGAGCAGCGAAGUGAACCUUCAGAGACAUCCCAGCAUUUUGUGGAAAGCUUUCCCCUCACACCCUUUCUACCACUGUCCAUUCUGAAAACACGUUGUGCUGCACCAGAAUACCCUGUGUCUUCUCACAUGCAAUUCAUGCAGCAUCUACUUAAAUUGAAGAACUUGACAGAAUCAGGCAGUCUGGAAUCAGAUUUAAGCCAGUUUGAAAAUGACUAUUCCACAGUAUCUAAUUCUGUUUUUCAGUUGCUGGAUGGACUGAUUACAUUCUACAAUAAUCUCCAGAUUCCUUUUUCAAGCUUUUGGUCAGAAGCUGUUUGUACUUUAUCUCGGCUGUUCAAUGUUUAUGACUUACCUAACCAUGUUCUUCAGAAGUGUUCCAAGAAGUUGGAAGAAUUUGAGAAAACUCUACUACAGCUUAUUUUAAAGAACAAUCAUAUUAAUCGGUUUCAGGUGCAGCAUUAUAUUUCUCAGAGUCUGGUAACACUGGGAAGUUGCAGCUUACUGAGAAAGCCUAUUGUAUCUCUGCUUCUGGCAGAAGUGAACAGCUUUGUUGAUGAGCUGGAAACCAUCAAUCAGGUGCAAGCCAGUUAUGAUGUGAUGCGCUAUGAAAAUAUUUUCUUCCUAUUCUGGGUUGUGGAGCAGCUCCUUCAAAAGGAAAUUGAAGACAGCAAUGCUUCAGGAAUAAGUCAUGAUGACCAAGAAAUAAAGAAAUUUCUUCAAAAACAUGAUCAAACUAUUUCCCAGCUCUCUGAUGCUUUCCCUUUGUUUACUUUUUAUGUAUGGAGACUGGGCAUUCUCUUUAACUCAGCAAAGAUAGAAAAUGUUUAA